GUUCCCACCGGAACUAAAUACGUGUUGCACACGAAACAGGCAUGGCGUCCUUCAGUGAAAUUCAAUAACAGAAUUCAGUCAUUUUCUUGUCCCUCUGUAAAUAUAAAGGGUUGUUUUGGUAUUUAUAUGAACAUAUUUUCUUCAUAAUGGCGACGAGGAGCGUGUGUCUAUUUCUCCAGCGACGCUUUGCUUCUGCUGCAGCUGCCGUCCGUCCUCCGCCUUCUGAAGUUCGCAGCCAGCGUAAUGCCAUCUUUUCCAGAGAACAGGCCAGGCAGAGAGCUCUGUACCCCCGUAUCGAGAAGAUAGAAGUAUCCAUGCAGGGUCCAGGUCUGGAUGGGACGCUGCUCAUCAUGAACAAAGGAAUGUCCACUCCACUGAGCUGUGCCCGACACUUGACAGAACAUCAUGUGAACAACUCAGUCCUGGCUUUAGUGGACGGAGAGCUGUGGCCCCUCCACCAGCCGCUCACCCACUCCUGUACACUGACACUGCUUACUUUUAAAGACAGUGACCCCACUCUGGUCAAUCAGGCUUAUUGGCGUUCCUGCUCUGCCCUGCUGGGUCAGGUUCUGGAGACCGCCUUCAAGGAUGAAUACACGGUGGAUCUGCUCAACACACCUGAAGUUCCAGUCACUUCAGGAGCUUUCUGCUGUGAUGUCGUGCUCGACUCUCAACUGGACUCGUGGACAGCCUCUGAGGAAGCGUUGCGGUCUCUGACCCGCGGAGCUCAGCAGCUCAUCCACCAGGACCUGGCGUGGGAGCCCCUAGAAGUGAUGCCUUCAGUGGCCCUCGAGGUCUUCUCACACAGCAGUGUCAAACAGGAAGAGGUGGAGCAGAAGGCAGCAGACAGCCCCAAAGGCACAGUGUUAUUGUACAGGUGUGGGGACCAUGUUCUGUUGAGUGGGGGUCCUCUUGUGGCCAGGACGGGCCUGUGUUCGCAGUAUGAGGUGACGGCUCUCCACAGUCUGGGUGAAGGGCCCCGGGGUUUACACCGACGAGCACAGGGCCUGUCCCUCCCCCUGCAGCUGCAGGCUCACCACACAGUUUGGAGGAAACUGCGGAAAAGAGCAGAGAAACUGAUUGAAGUUCCGAGAUCUGAGGCGACUCCGACAUCUCCUGCUGACUCAACUCAACCCACAACCACCCAGUAACAACCUCCAAAUGGCCACACACACAUAUAUAAACAUGUAUCUAAAAUGUAUUGUUUGUUCAAUAAAUGCUUACAAAUACACAACAAA